AUGGUGAUGGAACUACACGUCUGGGGGAAACCCGAAGAACUAGCUAUAAUCAGUCCAAAUUGUCUUAUAAUUUCAUGGUAUAUGUCUCUUACAAUCCCAUUAGAUAAAUUUAAAAUUAUAACAUCAUCAAAUAAUAAUAUUUCUCAGAAUGGUGAAUUACCAGUACUUAGAGUCGAGGGUGAACAAUAUAAUGGUGUUUCUGAUAUCAUUAGAUAUUUGGUUGAUCAAGGAUAUGAUUUAAACUCUGGGUUAACAAAAGAGGAAAAAGCAUUGAAUGAUGGGAUUUCAAUUUUUUUAAUGGAUAAAUUUAAUAUUAUAACAGAUUAUUUCAUCUUUUUAAAUAAAUUAAAUUAUGAAAAUUAUACAAGAUCUAUAUAUGGACAAUAUUUAUCAUUCCCAUUACAAUAUAAUACUCCUUUGGGUUAUAGAUCUCAAGCAAAAUCAAAUUGUUCAAGGGUUGGAUUAACUGUGGAGGAUAAAACUGAAGUUGAAGAGGAAAUGUUACAAAAUGUUCCAACUGUUUCCAAAGUACAACAAUUAAAAAAUGAAUCAUUAAUUGAAGAUAAAUUAAUUAUGAAGAAUUCUUUAACAAAUAUGAAAUGUUUAAAUUUAUUGGAUUCUUAUAUUGAAAAAUUAUUUAAUUUACAUAAAGAAUUGGGUACCUCUCCUAAAACAACUUUCUUCAAUUCCUUAUCAACAGCAGAUUUAAUCCUUUUAUCACAUUUAUUUAUUCAAACAAAUGAUAAAUUCCCAGAUCAAUUUAUUAAAAAAUUCUUAGAUUUAAAAUAUCCAGGUUGGUUAGAUGGGAAAUUUAAUAUAUUCAAUGAAAAAAUUAAACCAAUGAUUAAUCAAAUAAAAUUAGAAUCUCCUGGAUUUAAUGAUUCUCCAAAUUUAUUGAAUUUUAUUAGGUAUGCUUUGAUAUAG